GACGCCCAGGGAAGGUGGGGGCAAUCAUGGUGCCGCUGGGGAGGGGAGAAGCUGCCGCUGCCGCCGUUGCCGGGAGCCGCGGAGACAGGUCAUUACCUUUCCAUUUCUCACAAUUGGGCUGAGCACAGUUGAACCAUGGGGGAACACAGUCCAGACAACAACAUCAUCUACUUUGAGGCAGAGGAAGAUGAGCUGACCCCCGAUGAUAAGAUGCUCAGGUUUGUGGAGAGAAACGGACUGGUGCCUUCCUCAUCUGGAACUGUUUAUGAUAGGACAACUGUUCUUAUUGAGCAGGACCCUGGCACUUUGGAGGAUGAAGAUGACGAUGGACAGUGUGGAGAACACUUGCCUUUUCUAGUAGGGGGUGAAGAGGGCUUUCAUCUAAUAGAUCAUGAAGCAAUGUCCCAGGGUUAUGUGCAACACAUUAUCUCCCCGGAUCAGAUUCAUUUAACAAUUAACCCUGGUUCCACGCCCAUGCCAAGAAAUAUCGAAGGUGCAACGCUCACUCUGCAAUCGGAAUGUCCAGAAACGAAACGUAAAGAAGUAAAGCGGUACCAGUGCACCUUUGAGGGCUGUCCCCGCACCUACAGCACAGCAGGCAACCUGCGCACUCACCAGAAGACUCACCGAGGAGAAUACACCUUUGUCUGUAAUCAGGAGGGCUGUGGCAAGGCCUUUCUCACCUCCUACAGCCUCAGGAUCCACGUGCGAGUGCACACGAAGGAGAAGCCAUUUGAAUGUGACGUGCAGGGCUGUGAGAAGGCGUUCAACACGCUCUACAGGCUGAAAGCGCAUCAGAGGCUUCACACAGGGAAAACGUUUAACUGUGAAUCUGAAGGCUGCAGCAAGUACUUCACCACACUCAGUGAUCUGAGGAAGCACAUCCGAACCCAUACAGGAGAAAAGCCAUUUCGGUGUGAUCAUGACGGCUGUGGAAAGGCAUUUGCAGCGAGCCACCACCUUAAAACUCACGUCCGUACACAUACUGGUGAGCGGCCCUUUUUCUGCCCCAGUAACGGCUGUGAGAAAACAUUCAGCACUCAGUACAGCCUCAAAAGUCACAUGAAAGGUCAUGAUAACAAAGGACACUUAUACAAUGCACUUCCAGCUCACAAUGGAUCAGAGGAUGCAAAUCACUCUCUUUGUCUGAGUGACUUGAGCCUUCUGUCCACGGAUUCUGAGUUACGAGAAAACUCUAGUGCAGGCCCGGAUCUCGGCACACUCUCACCAGCAAUCAUCUUUAAAUCGAUGUUCCAGAAUUCAGACGACGCGGCAAUUCAGGAAGAUCCUCAACAGACAGCUGCCUUGAUUGAAAGUUUUAAUGGUGAUGCAGACUCAGUCAAUGAUGUUCCGCCACCCACAGGAAAUUCAGCAUCUUUAUCUCUUCCACUUGUACUGCAGCCUGGCAUCUCCGAGCCACCCCAGCCUCUGCUACCAGCAUCAGCACCGUCCGCUCCUCCGCCUGCUCCCUCCCUAGGAACUGGUUCCCAGCAAGCUGCAUUUGGCAACCCCCCUGCUCUCUUACAACCUCCAGAAGUGCCUGUUCCCCACAGCACACAGUUUGCUGCUAAUCAUCAAGAGUUUCUUCCGCACCCCCAGGCACCGCAGCCCAUCGUGCCAGGACUUCCUGUUGUUGCCGGGGCUUCCGCACCAGCAGCGGCAGUGACAUCGGCCGUGGCAGCACCGCCCCAACCACAAAGUACUACUGAGCCCCUGCCAGCCAUGGUCCAGACUCUGCCCCUGGGUGCCAACUCUGUCCUAACUAAUAACCCCACCAUAACCAUCACCCCGACUCCCAACACGGCUAUCCUGCAGUCCAGCCUCGUCAUGGGAGAACAGAACUUACAGUGGAUCUUAAAUGGUGCCACCACUUCACCGCAAAACCAAGAGCAAGUGCAAGCAUCGAAAGUUGAGAAGGUGUUCUUUACCACCGCGGUGCCAGUAGCCAGUAGCACAGGGAGCUCUGUACAGCAGAUCGGCCUCAGUGUUCCUGUGAUCAUCAUCAAGCAAGAGGAGGCAUGUCAGUGUCAGUGCGCGUGCCGGGACUCUGCCAAGGAGCGCGCUGCCGGCAGGAGAAAGGGCUGCUCUUCCCCGCCCCCUCCAGAGCCGAGCCCCCAGCCUCCGGAUGGGCCCGGCCUGAAGCUACCACCACAGACUUUUCCCGCCCCCUCCGCCCCCCUGUCGUCGUCCCCUGCCGUACCCUCCUCCAGUGAGCAGAGCAGACAAGCAGAGACUCCUCCAGACCCUCAGACAGAAACGUUAAGUGCCAUGGAUGUGUCAGAAUUCCUGUCCCUCCAGAGCCUGGACACACCGUCCAAUCUGAUUCCCAUUGAAGCACUACUGCAGGGGGAGGAGGAGCUGAGCCUGACCAGCAGCUUCUCCAAGUGAAAGGGCCGCGGCCCCGCUCCGGGAAGAGGGCCGCAGGAAGCGUCCGCAGGGUGUGAUGCCCCCAUCUUGGAGUCAGCAGUUUGAAGGAUGAAGAGAUCUACUGUUUGAAAGCCUCACCUUUCAGAUAGAUGUAUUUUCUUUAUUCAUAUCCCAGGAGCAUCCAUUUUAAGGAACUGAUCUUUGGGGGAAAAAAAACCAACAAAAAAAAAGCUAAGUUAUAAAUGAACUGUUUGGCUGCACUGUAUGUCACUUUUGCUUAUUGUCAUGUGAACUUGGAAAUUAAGGUUACUCGUAUGCAUAAAAAUUCUGAAUGAAAGGGUGUGGUUUCCAUCAAUCUGAUGUUGCCCAUCGCUUGCACUGGGGCAUUGUGGACUGGGCAGUGGAAUUCAGUGUGUCUAGUGUGGCUCCUCCCUGUGCAUCUUUUGAGACUGAGGCUGAAGCUUGCUUGAAGGCCAGACCCUCGCUCCACCAGAGAGGGGAGUGGCAGAGCGUGUCAGACAGCUGUGAGUUGGCGGGAGCUGGGCGAGAUGGUUGUGUUUGCGCUCGGUGUUGGUGGGACUCGGAGCGGCUGCGGCGGGUGCGUUCCGUAUCCAGCCGCAGCACCAGUGGGCAGCUGAAAGCCUGGGCCAGAGCCGUGGGGAUGGUCUGGUUCUGCAGGGGCCCCAGGUGAGCUGUUUGCUAUCCGUCGGUGUGUGCAGAGCAGGCUUUAGCAGCCCGAUCACAGCCUUUGCCUUCCUGGUGUUUUCGGUCAGUUGGUGGCCGUUGCAGUGAGUUUUUCUGGAGAAGCAUCCCUGUUUUGUCCUAGAGUGGGCACAUGGGCUUAUGGCCAAUUGCUGGUCUGUGCUGCGCCUUCCUUCAAUGGCAUUUUUCUUCCUCAGAGCAGAAGAGCUGCAUUUUGCUCAUCAGGAGGUGUAGCUUUAAGGGAGGGUUUUUAAAAGUGGCAUGUCACUGGCAGGCCAGGUAUUCUGGUUCCAGGUUCUAGCCAGGCUUUUGGUCGCCCCUCCCAUCUCAGCCCCUCAUCCCUCUGGGUUUUGCAUACAGCCUAGUACAGUGCAAAGAAGGGUGUGACUUGCUCAGCUUAGUCAUAAGAUUUCUAAACAAAAACAAAAACAAAAAAUACAGAACGAUGAUCUUCUACUCAGGGUAAAACAAAAUUCCCCUUCCACCAAAAAGCCUGAAAUGUUGCAAUAAGUUAUCUCAUUUGGAAUGUUUGAUUAAGUUGUGUUAUUUUAGGAAAGAAGAAUUGUUUUUUGAUUUGUGUAUAGAAUUACAUCCAUCUGUCUGCCUUUAGCUCCAAGUCCUUGCCUCUAAACAUAAAACCUAAAAUACAAUCCACGCUAAAACGGGAAGUUACUCUCAACUGGCUUUAUUAAUGUAACCAUGAGUGCUCACCAAGCUCGCUGGGCCCAGAGGCUGGGCACAGCCCAGGGUCUCGACGAGGCCUCCGCCUCCCUGCCCAGAGGGAGCAGCAGGGUUCCACCGACAGGGCCACGAUGUUAGGUGGAAGUAUCCGUGAUUUUGCCUUCCUUCGCUUCCUAGUGUACAGAGAUCUGCAUUUGUCUCUCCUGUUCUCUGAGCCAUUACUCAGGGCCAGCCAUGACAGCAUCCAGAGCAGAUCACUUUGGGAACCAGAAGCUCUGCCUUUAACAAAAUGUCAGGGUUAGGGCUCGUGGUGGUGAGCGUCAUUGCUGCCAUGAGGAGCAGUGGGUUUCCCCCACACGCAGCUCGCGGCUUCUCAUUCCAGGAGUCUAGGCGGGAGAACUGGUUUGACCUUCUGCACUCCCCUCCCCACAGGGCUGGUGGGCUCUGGUGACCACUGACCUCCGCAGAAAUUGAUAAGGCAGGGGGAACCUUCUGUUAGCACAGCAGGUUCGUCCUGGAAAGCUGACUGCUGAGCAUGGCUUGUCCUUGGCUGUCUCUGGACCUUGAACCCAUAGGAAGCUUUGAGGUCAGGACCCUUGCUAUUUUCUCUACCACUUCUGAGAGAGAGCAGCACGAUGGGAUCCCAGAGGUAUGUGGGAGGCGGGCAGGAAUGAUCUCCUCCUAGGUGCCUAGGGUCACCUGGGCCUCAGUUCCCGGGGAGCUGAGGUGGGAAUCGGGAGUCCGGGGGAAGCCACUAGAAGUGUCCAUGGUGUAAGCGUUGCUUCUUUCUUAGUUAACCAGGGCUGUGCCACCACACUGGGCCUACCCAGGGCAGUGGCUUUUCCACUCUCCAAAGACGGGGUGGUGAAGAAGCAUCUUACAACAGUGCUGAGGCUGAAGGACUUUUCCAGCUGAAGUGUCUGCCUUUUGGGCGUGACUUGAGAUUACCAGGGAGGGCUAUCAAAUCCAAUUAGCUUUUGAAAAAUCAGGAGUGUGCUUAAAAUGUUAGUGAGUGGUCAUAAAGAGUAGGUUUAUUCCAUAGGGUAGAUGGUCUUUCCUUCCUCUUCCAGCACUCUCUCCCCACUCCCCCUUCUGUAGGCCUGGCCUUUAGUGCCAAGGACCUCAGAGAAGAGCUGGCAGCUGGCUACAGGGGAGCCAGAGAGAGAGCCUUCCUGGGGAGUGUGGUUUCCUAAACCCAGGAAUGAGCCUAGGGUAGGGUCAGGGAAGGCCUGCAGACUUCUCGCAGGUGGGAUCAAGCCCUUCUUCUUCCCAUGGUAACCGCACCUGUUUUCACCCUGUAGAUUUAUGUUCCAGUUCCCACGAGCCUCUGUAGCUCUGCUUCUCCUUUACAGGGUGCCAGUCAGCAUCAGGAAUUGGAGUUCAUGGGCUCGGGGGGCGGUAGGAAACUUGGCUGGCCCCACCAAACUGCCUUAGUGAAUUUGGCCCUUCCCAGGCGAGGGGGAGGGGCAUUGAGGGAAAGUGGCCCUACCUUUCCUGGCAGGGUCUGGUCAAUCUCAUGAGGGCAUCACGUUUGGUGACAGGAGUUGGUGUCAUAUUGAAUUCCCUGGUCCCCCCAUCCCACACCAUCCUUUUACAAGGAGAUCAUGGUACAAAGCCUAGGAGGGCCUUAAUGGGUGGAGACCUCUCUGGGUAGAAGCAAGGGACUUGUGUUCUCCACCUCUGGGAGCCAGUAGCUUGGAGAGCUGUACCCUCAGUGUCAAGGCAGUGGAUCAAUGGGGAUGAUGGAGGGUGGGUGGGUUUUCCUGAGAGACUAUGUUAUAAUGCUGAAUGUGUCCAGAGGGACGAGUUUGCAGAACCUCAUAUUGGUAUAUUAAAGAAAUAAUAAAAUAAAAAGCACUUUAGGUUAUUUUAUCUUUAACCCAAUUGCUGCAAUUUUUUUGUGCGUGUGUGUGUAUAUAUAUAUAUAUAUUGAGAUAUAUAUAUAUAUACACACACUCUUCACAAAGUUUUAUUUUUUGCUCAGAAUAAAAAGUUAAAUUGAGGUGUGAAAAGAAGAGCACUUAUCUUGGUGCAAUAUGUGUAGCUUGACGGUCGUUGUCCCAUGUGGCCCUGGCCUGGCCGCAUUUUCUGCUCCACCAGCCCUGUACCAGGAGGCUGUCUAAAGGGAAACACUAUUAUGCAUUCUCAGCAACUGGUCAAUCUAUGCAAGCCUUCCCAGUGUGCCUGAGGGCGCCCCUCAGGCUCUCUACAGAACUGCUGUGGGUCCUGUCUCACCACUUCUUGCACCCUUCCUUGUCUUUCCCCCCUUCACCAUUACAGAAUGAUGCCUGAAAGGAAGGAACAGACCGUUCCUAUGUAGAAACCUGGCACCUUCUAGACUUUUGUAUUUGUAAUCACGUCCAUUGUCCUUAAUCUUAAAGACUUCUCCAGAGUCACAGAAACCAUUGAUUUGUGAAACUGCAACAGUAUUGCUACAAAGACUUCACAAAGUUCCUACGACACCAAUCAGAAAUAUGUGGAGGGAGAUGUUAGCGGUGGGGCAUGGACAGGAGCCAUUUCCAUACUGCUCCCGCACUUCCCCUGUUGGCUCUUUAAACAAAUAGGCCUCCAGCCUUCAUUAAAUCCAAUAAACAAAGCUGUUAAUAAUUUGCUUUACCAGCCUUCCUCCUUCCCCCUCACUCCUCUCGUUCCCCUCCCACUGCAUUUUAUCUUCAUUCUCAGGCUACAGUAGAGAAGUUUUAAAAUACACUUCGGCCAAAGCAGAAAGAUUUUCAGAGAUCCAAUAUGCACGUGAUUCUGCUGUGACAUAGAUCGGAAUUGUUCAUUCCUCAAUAUUGGGGAGGAAAGAGGCAACAAAACUAAAUUAUGCAUAUUUCUGAUUGGUAAUCAGCUUAGCCUGCUUCCUCUUGGAUAGUUCUGGGGGAGAGGGAAAAAGGUCCCUUGUUUCUCCCCACGCCCUUUGGGGAAGCUGAUGACCACUGUUUGGGCAUUUCUCACUGUUACUCCUGUUCAGGGGAGAGCUUCUCAGUCUGCACUGAAAAAUGCAAAUUAAACUGGAUCUUUAUGUCAAUGUGUACAUAGUACAAGCUUUUUUACUGGAUGCAGAGUUUAAAACCACACACUGCCCUUUUGGUGGUGUGCCUGUUGGGCCAAAAAUUGGGUGAUAACGUAGUGUCACUUUCUCAGCUCAGUGCAGUUUCUACUUUUUCUUAUGGGAAAGUUUUUCAUAAAACCUUUUUUCACCAAAACCCAGGGGUGUUUUUUGCAAUAUCCUUGUUAUCCUCGUAGUGGUGCCAAGUCAGAGGCCUCUCUUGCCCUCUCCCCUGUGUCCUCAGGCCUCCCCUAGGGUGAUGUUUGACCCCACAGUCUAGUCCUUUGUUGUCUUUUGGUGAAUGUGGGGGUGAGGGUCAGAGUUUAAGGCGGCUGUUUCCUUUCCCUGUCAACUCCUAGUACCUGUUUGGGGAAGGCGGCUGGAAACACGAUGUACUGAAUCUCUGACUCAGAUCUUCUGGCCAGGAAAGGCAAGACCCACGCGAGCCUCCUUUUUUUGACACACACUAGUCAUUGGCCGGAGGUCUUAGUGACAGUUCUUUCAGUCCCAGUUUUAUUUGGAUUACGCAAAGCCUAUCAAAUUCAUUUAAGUGUGAAACAUGGGAACAACGGACUUCCACUGAGCGAUAUGAAAACGUUACAGGUUCAGUACUUCCAAAGGAAGAAAA